UGAAGUUUAAUGUGAAAUGCUCGAUAACCAAAAGAUGAAUAUAAUAGAAUAGACUGACAUUAAACUACUUAGCCUGAUCUUCUAUUAAAAGCCUAUUUAAAUAACCUUAAAGUUGAUUCAACAGGUAAGUCAGGGCAAGCAGUUCAAUGUCAUGCUAUUCUAAUAUUGGGCUGCUAUCAUUAGCAGAGAAAAGCAAUCAUAUUUUUUUCAUGUCUUAUUUGUAAUAGUAUGAAUACGUUUUGACGGCACUGUUUUUCUCAGGCAAAGUCAUUUUUAUGUGUAAAAGGCAUAAGAAGAUCCAAAAGUCAUUGUUUUUCUUUGUUGUACAACCCGACUGAACCUAUGUUGGAAUAAUAGGAUAUAUGCAUCCAAUGUAUGACCCACAUUUUCUGUGUCGCAUCCACGCAAGCACACGCUCACGCACAUAUGCCUUCGGCAACUGCAUGACUCGCGCUGUGCUGAAAGCACUUGAUCUGGAACACAAACGAAAGCGAGGGACUGAAACCACGGAUGUGUGAUAAGGAGUGUGAAAAACCAGUGCUGAGAUCUGCAAGCAUGGAAGCUUGUGGAUUAAGCCAUUGAAUCUCUUUCUGUUGGGUGGGAGGGGGUUAAGGAGAGAUUUGUGGCCAUUGUGUUUGAGAGGAGAGAGAUGGGGGCUUACUCUGUCAUGUGCUGUUAGCAGCAGCAGAAAGAGUGAGAGAGAGAGAUGCAAGAGAAAAAGGACCCUCAGCCCAAAUCUGCCAGCAGCCUGGGAAAGGCUCAUCCUGCCCUGAAGGCCUUCAUGUGUGGCUCUCUCAGCGGCACCUGCUCCACUCUGCUGUUCCAGCCGUUGGAUCUGGUGAAGACCAGACUGCAGACCCUGCACAACAACAUGCACCCAGGUGCUCCUAAAGUGGGGAUGAUUACAGUCUUUUUCAACGUGAUCCGCACAGAGAAGCUGCUUGGCCUGUGGAAGGGGGUUUCACCGUCGUUCAUGCGAUGUAUCCCUGGUGUGGGGAUCUACUUCAGUACAUUUUACUCGCUGAAGCAGCACUUCUUCCAGGAUAGGUCUCCGAGUGCUGGGGAGGCGGUGUUGCUAGGGGCGGGGGCUCGUUGUGUGGCAGGCGUGGCCAUGCUGCCCAUCACAGUCAUUAAGACUCGUUUUGAGAGCGGGCGGUACAAUUACCUAAGCGUAGCUGGAGCCCUUAAAAGUGUGUUCCAGAAUGAAGGUCCCGGGGCUCUUUACUCCGGGCUCACAGCGACUCUGCUCAGAGACGCCCCGUUCUCUGGCAUCUAUGUCAUGUUCUACAGCCAGGCCAAAAAGGCUUUGCCAGAGGAGAUCAGCUCGUCCUCCUUUGUCCCACUGGUUAAUUUUGGCUGUGGUGUGGUGGCUGGUAUUUUGGCCUCUCUUGCCACUCAGCCAGCAGACGUGAUCAAAACCCACAUGCAAGUGAGCCCAGCGUUGUAUCCCAAGACCAGUGACGCUGUACGCCACGUUUAUGCGAAACAUGGCUUGAGCGGGUUCUUUCGAGGAGCGGUUCCUCGUUCUUUGAGGAGAACCCUCAUGGCAGCCAUGGCCUGGACGGUGUACGAGCAGCUGAUGGCACACAUGGGACUGAAGUCCUAAAGACACCCGACGCACUUUAUGUGUGGACUUCAUUCUGUGUGUGUCCAGUGCAGGAGUGUAUACUUUUCAGAGGAUGGUGUAAAGAUGGCGUUCUAUUAUCCUUGAAGGCUUGAUUAAAACAAAAGCAGCUAGUGUUGGCUGGGUACCGGUAAUCGUAGGGUUGAGUGUGUGUGUGUCUUUGUGUGUUAGUGUUUUCAGGUGCAGUGAGUCGUUACCCCGUGACAUUCCUAAAUUGCCACAUUGUCUGCCUUGUUGACGCCUGCAUAUUGAGACAGGGGUCCACACUGAAGAAUACCAAUGAGAGACUGCUGAAUCAUGUGCUGUCAGCUCACAAGAAAACACUCCUUUCACAGGAAGAAAAUCCCCAUUUUUGGCAACUAAUCUUAGAAUACCACAUGUCUCAGUGUCACUGAAAAGUGCCCACCUUUGCAGGGUUCUCAGAAACCCAUGAGUCCGUGGACUCUUGUGUCUGAGAGUGACUCCAGUGUUUGAGAGCGUUCUUAAGCAUGGUUCUCUGAGCUAAAUUAUUUUUAGUCAAGGAUGAGGCUUAGUGUGUGUUUAAGACUAGUUUUACAAAGACAUGUUGACAUAAUACUCCAGUGCACCGACAGUUACUCCAGGGCUGAGAAACUGGACUGACAACACAUGACUGUCUCGCCAACAUACUCCGUUCCGACUAUAAUUGCUCAUCUCUAUGCGAUUAUUUAUGCUGUUCUAAUGAUUUCCUGUGCUGUGUGACUGGAUGGGUUUAUCAGUUCAUUCCAGUACACUGGGUUUUUAUUUUCUUGAAUGCUCACUCCUGGGCACAGACAAAGCUAGGAUUUGGAUUGAAUGGGACUUUCUGAGACCUGGAGAAACAUUUAAUAUUUAUUGAAGAAACAAGUGUUAAAGUUCCUGAGAAAACAAUAUUUGAAGUGGAACGUAUCAGUGAGAAUUUACAAUACUUCAUGUUCUGUUGGACAUUUUGACUGACAUUUUGUCUCGUUGACGUGUGUAAAACCACUGUAAGACACAAUGGUGUGGUGUAGUGAAUUUUAGGAAGUCUGCCAGAAACAUGUCCGGUUAGUUGUUCGCCCUUAAAAUUCGUAGAUAGAACUAUUAGGAUUUUUGGCGUUCUCAUUUUUGGCGACAUCAUUUUCAUUCUAGUUGGGUAGUCCAUUCAUCCCACCAUGGUAGUCUUUGCCGUACUGCCUUUAAUGUUUUUUUAAUCAGCAGAUUACAGUAAUUUGUAGUAUAAAACCUUUAAUAAGGGGAGAAAAAAUUCAAAUAAAUUUCAGGGAUGCAUUACAAUAAUGUGAUUUUAGGGAAAAUAUGCUUAAUUGUCUUGUAAAUAAUGUCACCGUGCAAAAAUCUAAAUGGAUCUGCAAUAGAUUUAGAUUUAUUUAAGCCAAGUAUAAUUUGUUUGUUUUUGUUUAUUUUUCCCUCUUGAAAUUUUGGGGGUUAAUAUGUAAACAUGUUUUCAUGAAAUUCACCCCAUAAGCCUUAGGGUUUCUUGUUCUCUCAGU